AUGUCCGAGAACUUCGUCGCCCCGGGCCAGCAGCGCUACCUGCGCGCCUGCAUGGUGUGCUCCAUCGUCAUGACCUCGCAGCGCUUCCGCGACGAGGGGUGCCCCAACUGCGAGGAGUUCCUGCACCUCGCCGGGUCCGCCGACCAGAUCGACAGCUGCACGUCGCAGGUCUUCGAGGGCCUCAUCUCGCUCGCCAACCCGGCCAAGUCGUGGGUGGCCAAGUGGCAGCGCCUCGACGGCUACGUCAAGGGCGUCUACGCGACAAAGGUCUCGGGCCAGCUGCCCGACGACGUGCGGGCCACCAUCGAGGAGGAGUACCGCGUGCGGUAUAUACCGUACGUCCUUGUUCUCCCGUCCUCUCCGAGUCCCCCCUGGAUUGGAAGUGCUGACUUUGCUUUCUACAGACGUGAUGGAAGUGCGAACGAGGCGGAAUAG